ACAUGGGCAACUCUCGCUGCCAGCAAGCCCGCUUCCUGGGGAGCUACUCUCGCACCUGACUCCAAAGGUAAUGCGUCAGGCACCAGCUCGCCCGGCGAACGUAACCUCCAUCCUAUGGUUACUGUUGCAAAUAAUAUCACUAGUGCUCAGUGUUUUGUCAAGGGUGUCGAUGAUAAGAUUAACCUGACACUAAUGAAAGAAAUCCUCACUUCGCGCUUUGGGCCUAUCAAGGAGCUUGACGUUGUUGCAUCGAAGGGGUGUGCUUUCCUGGAGUUCACUACUGUGGAGGCUGCGCGUCGUGCCAUUAUGACAUCCCUCCCUCCAAAUGUUGGUGGAGAGGGAGGUAUUCGCAUCAUCGAAGGCGACCCACAAUCAAUCAAGAAUCCUCGCGGUGUGCCCAGGAUUCAGAUUGAGACCAGGAAGGAGCGAGCGGACAGGCCACCUUCCCGCCCUAACCGUGGCGCUCCCAACGGCCCUUUCCGUGGUGGACCCGGACGUGGACGCGGCGGACCU